GGACGACCAUCAGUGCUGAUGAGUGAACCGAGUUUGUCGUACAGAGCAAUAAAGUGUACAUAAUUUAGUUAAAAAGAAAAUAUCAAAAAUGAAAUUUUUUGCUGCCUUUUUGCUGUUCGCAGCUAUGGUAAGCGCUGAAUAUGUAAUAAAAACUGAGGAAAAUUUGCGGCAGUAUCGUCAAGAGUGUGUUGCAGAACUUCAAGUACCCGACGAACAUGUUCAGCAGUUUAGAAAUAGGCAAUUUCCCAAUGAUUCAAUUACCCAGUGCUAUCUUAAAUGCAUUUUUAAUAAAUUCCAACUGUUCGAUGACGAAACUGGCUUCAAUGUAGAAAGCAUCCAUCAGCAGCUGCAAGGUGCUCAGGUAGCGCCUCCCGGCAAUGCCGAUCAUGAUGAUGCUCUACACGACAAGAUCGCCGCCUGUGUUGACAGCAAUGAGCAGGGUUCGAGCGCCUGCGAGUGGGCCUACCGUGGCGGUGUUUGUGGCAUGAAAGCGAAUCUACAAUUCAUCAAAACAAAUUAAUCAAAAAAUAUUUAGAGGCCACUCAAAGUUUCCCAUGUAUUUAAUGUGGGAAAACACUAUUUUUCGUAGAAAUGGUAUAGAAUUUUUGUAAAUCAAUACUUUUAAAUGGCAAGCUCUGUUUCUCUUCAGAGGAAUUCAAAGAAUAAUACCCAAAUUUUGAUGUAAAAAAUGUUUAAUAUGUAUUAAGAAUUUUUACCAUAUUGUACAACUGAAAUAUUGAAAUAAAAUUUAGC